CGCCCAGCUACGCAUAAAUAUCUACCCGAGGGUACAUUCCCAUUUGAGCCAACGUCCCCGUUUCUCUAACACCCUCAACCAUGCUUGAGUCAGCAAAACGUGCUGGCAAUAGGAUCAUUGGGCGUCCGGAGGAGACUGUAACCACAAUCUCCACCGAAACCUAUUUGAAGAGCCUUGUCAAAGACCCAAGGCAUGAGGUGGUGAAUUACUUCACCAGUCUUUUCCCAAUCCUUGGAUGGAUCACGCGAUACAAUUUUGGAUGGCUUACUGGAGACCUCAUUGCAGGUCUUACCGUAGGAAUGGUGCUGGUCCCACAAGGGAUGUCAUAUGCACAACUUGCGACUCUUCCUCCUCAGUACGGUCUAUAUUCAUCCUUCGUCGGCGUUCUUGUAUACUGCUUCUUCGCGACUUCCAAGGAUGUCUCUAUCGGACCAGUGGCAGUUAUGUCGCUAACCGUGGCUGAAAUUAUCAGUGCUGUAGAUUCAGAGCAUCCUGGUAAAUGGGCUUCCCCCCUAAUAGCCACAACAUUGGCCUUUGUUUGUGGAUUUAUCGUGCUUGGGAUUGGCCUCUUGCGCCUCGGAUGGCUCGUCGAGUUCAUACCCACACCAGCAGUCAGUGGGUUUAUGACUGGAUCUGCGAUCAAUAUAGUUGCAGGUCAGGUUCCUGGCCUCAUGGGUAUCACCGGAUUCAAUACUCGAGCUGCCACAUACGAAGUUAUCAUCAACACACUCAAGGGACUCCCUGGUACGACUCUAGAUGCGGCAUGGGGUCUCACAGGCCUUUUUGCACUCUACGCAAUUCGCAUUAUUUGUGAUCAAUUCUCCAAGCACUACCCCAAUCGAAGCCGACUUUUCUUUUUCAUCUCAGUUACAAGAAAUGCUUUUGUGGUGAUAGUAUUGACCCUCGCCGCUUGGCUGUAUUGCCGAGACCAUAAAACCGCCUCCGGUAAAUACCCGAUUAAAAUAUUGCAAACUGUCCCCGCAGGGUUCCAAAAUGUGGGCCCCCCCGUUAUCAACAGCGAGCUCGUCAAUGCCCUCGCGCCACACAUCCCUGUUGCCACCAUAAUCCUCCUUCUUGAGCACAUCGCCAUUGCCAAAUCAUUUGGACGGGUCAACUCAUAUAAGAUCAACCCCAACCAAGAACUCAUCGCUAUAGGUGUCACUAACACGCUUGGCACUUUGUUCCACGCGUAUCCCGCGACAGGAUCGUUCUCCCGUUCUGCCUUGAAGUCGAAGUCGGGCGUGCGGACUCCUUUGGCUGGUGUUAUCACUGCGAUGGUCGUCGUCGUCGCUCUUUAUGGCCUUACACCAGCGUUUUACUGGAUUCCUAAUGCUGGGCUUUCAGCAGUCAUUAUCCACGCGGUCGCUGAUCUUGUCGCGUCACCUUCCCAAGCGUACUCUUACUGGCGCGUUUCUCCCCUCGAGUUUAUUAUUUGGUUGGCUGCAGUCCUGGUCACCGUCUUUUCGUCUAUUGAGAAUGGUAUCUACACCUCUAUCGCGGCAUCGUUCGCCUUACUUUUGGUUCGCAUCGCACACCCUAGAGGAUAUUUCGUUGGGAAGGUUACCCUCUCACGUAACUCAAGGGAGUCACGAGAAGUCUUCGUUCCGUUGCGCAAGGAUGGCGUAACGAACCAAUAUAUCAAGGUCCACCCUCCCGCUCCGGGUGUGAUCGUAUACCGCUUCGAAGAAAGCUACCUGUACCCCAACUGCUCUCUCGUCAACUCCGUCCUUGUCGAUUAUGUGAAGGAGAACAUGAGACGUGGGAUCGAUUUCAGCUCGAUCCGCUUGGCCGACCGCCCCUGGAACGAUCCCGGACCAACUCGUGGCAACUCACAGGAUGCGGAGGCAGCCAACAACGAAAGACCUGUUCUUCAUGCCAUUGUGCUAGACUUCUCUGGAGUAUCCCAUAUCGAUACCACGGCUGUCCAAGCUCUCAUAGACACACGGAACGAAGUCCAAAGAUGGGCAAACCAUCCUGUAGAGUUCCAUUUUGCUACCAUCCUGUCACCUUGGAUCCGGCGUGCUCUUGUAGCCGCAGGUUUCGGUAUUGGUACCCCAGCAAGCGAUCUUCCUAACGAGAUCGCUCCUGUUGUACCCUACCGUGGCGGUCGCCGUGAAAAAUGGUGGGAUGAUGCCUCCAGCAUCGAAGAUAUCGAGGCCCACGGCGAGACUCUUCCUCCUACUUCGGGGGAAGUGCCUAUCGUCCCCAUUGAAACCCCCUUCUUCCAUUUCGAUCUCACUAGCGCUGUCCGCGCCGCGGAGGCUGGUGUUGAGAAAUCCGGCGAGAGAGCUGAAACUCCACCGGCGAAAUAUAUUUAAGUGGUUUUAGUUGAAGGAUUUAAGGUCUAACAACUUCACGGAAGUGUACUCGUUACAAUAUGUAAGGUCACACAGUAUGUGUAUAUUUUAGGAGCUUGUAAUAUAGAUCCGAUGUACAUAAAUCUGAGGAUGGCUGCGCACCUCGAUAUGUGCAAGUAUUCCAACACGUCUAAUUUUACUCAGGGACAACGCCGCGGUGCCAUCACGUGUCACGGUGGACGUAGCCUAUUACUUCGGUAGCGUGACUGAACAGACU